AUGGAGACAUUCACAGUAUUCGGAUAUGGCUCACUGAUCUUCAAGCCACCGCCCCAUGUUAUUACGCAAACACCCGGAUUUCUCAAGGGGUAUGUUCGUAGGUUUGCCCAGAAAUCGCACGAUCAUCGUGGUACGCCAGAGAAUCCGGGAAGAGUGGUAACACUCAUACACAAAGAAGAAUGGGACUUAUUCUCCGGUUCAGAUCCUUUCCCGAACGACGAUACGGUAUGGGGUAUCGCCUACACUAUAGAUCCCGUUUACGUCGCAGAAGUGCGGGACUACCUAGACUACAGAGAAAAGGACGGGUACACUAUGGAGACCUUAGACGUUUAUGCUAUUGAAAAUGGUCAAGAAAAGGUUGCGAUACAUAAUGCAUUCUGUUACGUUGGAAGAAAUGACAAUCCAUCCUUCAUUGGCUCUGAACCACUGGACUUAUUGUCGACGACGAUAUGGAAGUCGGUGGGGCCUUCGGGGCCAAACAAGGAAUAUUUGUAUCGCUUGGCGGACGCGGUGCGGGGUCUUUCUAACGACUCCUACGACUCCCACUUGUACGCACUAGAGAAACGGGUGAAGGAACUCGAUGGGAACAACGACAACAAAGGAUAG